GCAGUGAAUCGGAGAAUCACGGAUAUUAGACAUCGUUACAACUUUGGUCUUCAGAUAUAUUUUAUGUUUACUUCGUUUGCGUAUACCAAGUGUUAGAUCUAUAGGCUAUAAAUAGUUUUAACUAAAUACUAAUUCAAUUGAUAGAUUUGUUUGAAUUUCAGUAAUUUUUGAAUAAAAAUUUUAAAAAAGAUGCGAGAAUGUGUUUAGGGAUCGGACUCAGAAUUUGUUUGGGCACUGGAGGAGGGGAAAGCUAGCAGUACAAGAAAGUAGCGUGGGUUAAUUUUCACCGAAAACUUUAUCGUAAAUUAUUACACAUAAUGCCGAAAAGUGAAUUUUAUUUACGAUAUUACGUUGGGCAUAAAGGAAAAUUUGGGCAUGAGUUUCUCGAGUUUGAAUUCAGACCUGACGGCAAACUGAGAUACGCCAAUAAUUCCAAUUACAAAAAUGAUACAAUGAUUAGAAAAGAGGCAUAUGUUCAUCAAAGUGUUUUGAAUGAGUUGAAGCGGAUCAUUGAAGAUUCUGAAAUUCUCCAAGAAGAUGAUUCCCUGUGGCCAACUCCUGAUCGUGUUGGAAGACAGGAAUUGGAAAUUGUCAUGGGAGAUGAACAUAUUUCAUUCUCUACAUCAAAAAUUGGUUCACUUGUUGAUGUCAAUCAGUCAAAGGAUGCCGAUGGAUUACGUGCAUUUUAUUAUUUGGUCCAGGAUUUGAAAUGCCUAGUGUUCUCACUCAUUGGUCUCCACUUUAAGAUAAAACCCAUUUAAAGUUUUGGAUUGUGAUUUGUGUUGUACUCCUGUCAUUUUUCCAUCGAACCAUCCCGGAAGGUGUAUGUUUUUUUCCAGAUUAAUAAAAAGAUUUCUUGAA